UAAGCUGGUGACUGCUUUAGAACAAGUUUUACUAGCUGCCUUUUUAUGGCACAAUUCUGUUAUGGUUAUUUCCUGAAAACAUUGGUCUGAUCAUGGGGUUUAUGAGGGAAAAAUGCAGGAAGUGGGGAGUUAACAAAUGCGAGCUCAGUAUGUAUAUUUGUAUGGGAGUGGAUAUCCUUCCUGUAUAUGUAAUAGGCAGAGGCAGGCAGCAGAAAGAAGCAGGUAGCUACCCUGGGUUAUGCUGCAGGGAUUUGCCAGGUAAUUCCUGAAGCCAAAAUCUGAAGCUGAGGUGGGGAAGAUGCUGCUAUGGGCUGGUUUGGCCAUUCUUGUGCAGCUGCAGCUGGGCUCUGCCUACAAACUUGUGUGCUACUUUACUAAUUGGUCUCAGUACAGGACAGGACCAGCCAAGUACACUCCAGAAAAUGUGGACCCACUCCUGUGUACCCACUUGAUCUAUGCUUUUGCUGGGAUGAAUAACCAUAAGAUCACCACUGUGGAAUGGAAUGAUGAAACCCUCUACAGGCAGUUCAAUGCCCUAAAGGAGAAAAAUAAGAAACUUGUCACACUCCUGGCUGUUGGAGGUGGAACCUUUGGUACUCAAAAAUUUACUGCCAUGGUUUCCUCGCCUGCUAAUCGUAAAACAUUCAUCAAUUCAGUGAUUGGUUUUCUCCGCAAGUAUAAUUUUGACGGGCUAGAUCUCGACUGGGAAUAUCCUGGUUCCAGGGGAAGCCCUCCAGAGGACAAGCAUCGCUUCACCAUUUUAGUUCAGGAAAUGGUAGCAGCUUUUGUUGAAGAAGGACAAAGAACAGGACGUGCAAGGCUAUUGGUUUCAGCAGCUGUGUCUUCCAGUAAACACACCAUGGAUGCUGGAUAUGAAGUUGCUGCACUGGGCAGGAGUCUUGAUUUUAUCAAUGUGAUGACCUACGACUUCCAUGGAAGUUGGGCGUCUGUCACGGGACACAACAGCCCCUUGCACAAGGGCUCGGAUGACAAAGUUCCUUUCUACAACUGUGAAUAUGCUAUGAAAUACUGGCAGGAUAAUGGUGCUCCAGCUGAGAAACUCAUUAUGGGAUUCCCAACGUAUGGACGAACUUUCAAGCUUUCUACUACGAAUACUGGGGUUGGUGCUCCAGCCUCCGGGGGUGGAUCUCCUGGGGUGUAUACCCGUGAAUCUGGCAUCUUGGCUUACUUUGAGGUUUGUACGUUCUUAAAAGGAGCCACCACCAGCUGGAUUGAAGCGCAAAAGGUCCCAUAUGCCUUCAAAGACAGAGAGUGGGUCGGAUAUGACAAUGUGAGGAGCUUUGAGAUCAAGACCCAGUUCCUGAAAGAGAAGCGCUACGGAGGAGCCAUGGUUUGGGCUCUUGGCAUGGAUGAUUUCACUGGCUCUUUCUGUGGUGCAGGAGCCAACCCUCUUGUAGGGAAGCUGAAGGUUCUCCUUGGAAACUGAGAGCCAAAUCGUUGGACAAGAAAGGAGCAUAGCAGGGAGGGAAACAUCAUAUUUAUUGUCCAGGGACCUGAUCCAAUGUCCACUGAAGUCAAGGGGAGUUUUUCUAUUGACUUCAGUGAGUGUUGGAUCAGGCCCUACUUGCAGAAACGACUAAACUCUGUUUUUCCUAAUUUGUUUUUUUUGGAUUCAAACACCUGUAAAUAAAUCUUGUGCUGACAAAGCUGCCACGGUGUACCAUGAUGCAAGGGCCAAGCUGACAUUCUGGCUGUGGAGCAGAAGUUACCACAUUCAGUCUGGUCCUUCAGACCCAUUCCAUAUGCUGUCAUAGUGUAUGUAUGAACCCUCUCACGAAACACCAGAGAUAAUUCUAAUUAUGUAUAAAAUAUACCAAGAGAGACCUAGCUCCAAACCCCUUUGUCCCCAAACCUCCAAACUCUGGUGAAAUUCUGCAUUUAGAUCUAGCCCAUAUCUCUGUAGUGGGUCAAACCAAAACUAUCAACAGCCCAGAAAUUUGGAAUAUCCAGAGGUGGGGCCAUGUUCCAGAAAGAGUUCAGAUCCAGGCUUUCAGCAGAUCACAUAGUCUGGCUAUCCCAUUUCAGUACUGCGUUGAUUCUGAAUCUUGGGAUUACAUAAAAUAUGCUGUCCACGUUUUGCUUUGGAACCCCGAUGUAAUGUGUCUCAAAAUGCUGUAGCAUUCCUAUAGUAAGCACUCUUGGAGUCCCUUCCUUUAUAAAUAAAUGCAACCAAAAGCAA